AUGUCAUCAACACCCACCGAGUCUCGACCAGCUUCGCCUACUGCAACAUUACCGGAUCCUACAACUCCCAUAACUGUACUUGCAAAUGGUUAUAACUAUAGAUUCAACUACGGAAAGGGCCCAGAAUCUGUAUCUGGAACGACCGACAAUAAUGCAUACGUGACAGCAGGAAACAACCCGCCGUUGAACUUGCAUCUCAACUUUUCCGCAUCGACGAGCAACCUUUUACUAGGCUCUUUGCCGCAAGAAUGGAGUAGCAAUAGAGAUGGUUUUCAUGCAAUCUCGACGGUACUGAACCACCCGCAUAAGCGACAAGCACCUCCGAAAGCUCACAGCUCACUUCCGAGUAUUCCCUCUGCCGAUCUGCCUCGCGUGAAACGGAAAGAUUUUGACGGAUAUCUACGCGCCAUUGCACCAGAAUAUGCAAAGUUUGAGACUAGCAGGCAACAAUCCCAGCCAACCGCAUCUACAUCUCAAGUCGACGGUGAGGACGAACCAGACUCACGAACACCUCUUCCCGGGCUCCUCACCCAGUUGCAAUCUCAACCAUCACUUGACUCGAUCCCAGAAAUAUUCUUCUCUCCUUCAUUCGAUCUCGCUGACCCGAAAACUUUCGCAACGGUGUCAGAAUCAGAGGAAGGAGAUCCAGACCCCAGCUCACUCUCACAAACUUCACCCCUCCUCGAAAAACUUUCUCAUUAUCUCGAUACACUGGAAAUUCACCUGUCCCAUGAGAUCACCCUCCGUUCCUCGUCGUUCUUCACCGCGCUCUCGAAUCUACAGACAUUACAUUCAGAGAGUACUACGUGUCUCUCGCAAAUCACUCGUCUCCGGGGCAUGCUAUCCGAGGUGGACGAGAACGUUGCGAGAAGAGGGCUGGAGGUUGUCAGGAUUGAACAGAAGUUGAGAAAGGUGGGAGCUGCGGAGGAGGGGGUGAAGGGGUUGGAAGAAGUUGUCAGAGUGACUGGUGAAGCAAGAGACUCGGUUAGUCAAGGAAAGUGGGAGGAAGCCUUGGAAGUUGUGGGUGUUCUAGAGAGUAUGUGGGAGGACAGGAAUAAAACAGGUUCAUCGUCUCAAGGUCCUUCCAUUUCUUUGGAGUCCGUGAAAGAAGACGAAGAGGAGCUCAUUGAAGUGAAACCGAAACUGAACAUGACCUUACCGCUAUCAUCGUUCAAUGCUUUCAGUGCUUUACCAACCCAUUUACAGACUCUUACGAUGGAGAUCGCUGCGCGUCUGUCUGACGAGUUUGUCUCGAUUUUACGUGACGAUUUCACGGCGUUCAUCUUGACGAGAAGGAAGCGGAGCAGAAUAGAGCUAGAAGGGUUUAAGGACUUGCUUGGGUCGAAAUUUUCUGCUCUUAUACGGACGAAUGGAUUGAAAGAGGCGACGUUGAGCUGGAGUGAAGUUGUUUUGGGUGACUUGGGGAAAAGUGUGGUGAGGAAACACUUUGAGGAGAAGGAGUCUGAGCAAGAAAACGGGGACGUUCUACAAUCGACACCGUCGCAUACAGAUUUCAUGAUGCGACUACGCGGCACGUACUCGGACGUUCUGAGUGCCAUUGAAGCAUUACAAACUCAAAGUGAAGUAAUUCGGGAGGUUUUGGAGUGCUUGAAGCGGUUACACCCCACAUUCAAUCUCACAACGGAGACCAUCUCCACGCUAACAGAAGACCUCCAUUCUCUCCUCACAUCCUUUACAUCUCUCGCACAUACGUCACUUGCUUCAGAAUUCACAUCAACAACGAGCACAGCUAGGCUGAUGGAGUUGGGGUUGAGUGAAUUUGUGGAGAUGUACCGAGAGACUCACGGGUUUGUCGUCGAGUGCGAGGUCCGGUGUAAGUGUAUGGUUGUGGCGCUCAGAGGAGGGCUUGGGAGCGUUGCGAAGGGGUGGCUCAACUCAUUCCAUCAAUCUCGGUUAUCACAACAAGCCAAAGCGGUGGAAGACGAAGUUUGGAAUGCUUCUGAGGAGGUGGGCGAGGACGUGCAAGCCGUCGUCAAGAUAAUAAUCGAUGCGGCUGUGAAGGACGGGGAUUUACUUACAUUCAGAUCUACAGUUUCAGAGAAUACGUCGCAACCUGCUUUCGUCUCCUCUCCCUCUUUUACAUCGACACCAGUGCCUAACACUCCCACUCCGACCUCUUCCACUUCCAAACCGACAAAAACAACGAAAUACCUCCGGAUUGAUAACCACACCUACUACACGGUUCCAUGCACGGGCAACCUCCUGGUUCUGCUCACUGAGUACAUGCGUUUACCCCCGAAUAUCUCGUUGUUGACGACGGACGUGAUGAGUCGGACAAUGGAGUUUCUCAAGACAUUCAAUUCGAGGGUGUGUCAAGUUGUGCUUGGGGCGGGGGCGAUGAGGAGUGCAGGUCUGAAGAAUAUCACAGCGAGACAUUUGGCGCUUGCGUCGCAGUCGUUGUCGAUUAUGAUAGCGCUUAUUCCGUACGUAAGAGAGAUGUUUCGAAGGUAUCUGAGCCAGAAACAAGCGGUAAUGUUGGUUGAAUUCGACAAGGUGAAACGGGACUACCAAGUACACCAAAACGAGAUUCACGCAAAACUCAUAGCGAUCAUGGGCGACCGACUUUCCGCACAUAUCAAGAGUCUUCAGGCCGUCGAUUGGUCAACCCCACCCAAGCCCUCGUCCACUUCACCUGGUUCCGUAGUGGUAAAUGACUACAUGGAACUCCUCGUCAAAGAAACCGUGACACUCCACAAAGUGCUGUCACGAUACCUCUCUAGUGGCGUAGUAGAGGACGUCAUGAGUCAAGUAUUCGCCGCAGUCAAUCAUAGACUUUCAGAAGAGUACGGGAAGAUCGAGUUACCAGGGGAAGGCGCGAAAGUCAGACUACUAGCAGACGCAAAAUACCUUCACUCCCGGUUGUCAGCACUGAAAAACGUUGGGGGGUUGAGUAAUAUGCUUGAGAUUGUGGUACAAGAAAAACGAUUACCGGGAGCAAAGGUUCCUUCCUCUCCGUCGUUCCCAAUGUCACCUCCCCCACAUCCGUACCCACAAACCAAGUCGCCACCGGCACCCCCUGCGAGUGCGAGUCAGAGGUUGAAAGGCUUAUUGAGGUCUACCUCCAUUUCAAUGCAACCGCAAACGAGAAGGGUUUCCUCUCAAAGUUCAAAUUCGGCUCUUGGUCUUACGGAAGUAGAAGAGCCGACACCUUUGGAUACGAUGACGACUAGUACGGAGACAAAGGCAGAAGAAGUUCGUAGUCCCGGUCCCAGUACACUCCAGAGGACUGGAUCUUCUGCGUCGGGCUCUGGGUUUAGAGAAUUCGAAGCCCCUCCAUCUCCCGUUCCUCCAGUAAAGGAUGUCACCGCCGCUCAAGCACAAGUGGAUGGCGAUGGCGGUACUAAAGCCGAGGUACUGGAAGGAGUGAACGGAACCCCACCCCCUGCUCCAUUGAAAGAGAAAGAGAGGAGCGUGGGUGGUGUUACCCUGAACACAAGCGAGAGACUGAAAGGGUUACUGUCUGGAAGUGGAAAGAGGAAAGAUUCUCUUACGCCCUCCGGUGAGGUAGGGACCGAGAAGGCGGAAGGAUUGACAGUGACAGAGGUGCAAGUGGAAGGGGAAAAUGAAAGAGCGGGUUCUGGACUCGGAGAGAGGGAAGCAUCUCCGUCUCUACCUCCGUUACCGAACGAAGGGCCUUGA